AUGUCUUCUUUCCUCUGUCCCAGACAUUACCUGGUGGUUAUCCCUGCAGAUCUCCGUUACCCAUCCGUUCAAGUUGCCUGCCUCCAUAUCACCUGUUAUGAAGCAAAGAUUCAAGUAAAGCUGAUCCUGGAGCGCUUUGCAGGACGUGAUCUUAUAGUGCAAAAAAACAUCCAAAAGGAGAAAACUUUCAUGUGCACUAAGUUCUGGGUUGCACCUCCAGCUGAUGGCCCAGAGGAGAUUGCCACUGUCAGACUGAUUAUUACUGGUCAAGGGGUCAAUAUUGAGGAGAAGAAAAAGGUCCUGAUCCGCAAGGCGAGCAGUGGCACCUUCAUUCAAAUGGACAAGCCCAUCUAUAAACCAGGGCAGACAGUGAAAUUUCGUAUUGUGACUCUGGAUGAGGACUUCAUUGUGCUUAAUGAUUCGAUUUCCCUGUUUCUCCAGGACCCCAAGAACAACCGGAUAGAGCAGUGGCUGAAUGUGGUGCCGCAGGAAGGCAUUGUGGAUCUGUCUUUCCAACUAAGUGAUGAGCCUCUGCUGGGGACAUAUGUUAUCAAUGUAACCAACAGGAAAACAUAUGGCAGCUUCACCGUUGAGGACUAUGCGCUGCCAAAAUUUGAAGUGAUCUUUGCGACACCAGUGGUGAUUUAUGCACUAGAUAAAACUUUUCCACUUCGGGUAUGUGGCAGAUACAGCUAUGGGAAAGCUGUCCAGGGGAUGGUUUAUGUGAGCCUUUGUCAGAAAAUAUCCCAGUUCUUGCCCAGUGCUUCGAAACCUGAUCUCUGUCAGGAAUUCAAGAGCAGGACAGACAAGAUGGGUUGCUUCUUCACAAACGUGACCUUAUCCUUCAGCCAAGACUUGAGGUACUAUCGGGACAGCAUAGUUGCAGAGGCCUCACUGCUGGAGGAUGGCACAGAGAUACAGGUCAAUGCUUCCCACAAGUUACUCAUCUCCAAGAUUGGCGGGAUGGCCUUGUUUGAUGAUGUGAAUUCUUACUAUCACACUGGAGAGAUGUACAGAGGGAAGAUCAAAGUCAUUGACUACAAAGGCGAGACGCUGAAGCACAAAAAUGUCCUCCUUGUAGUAAGUUUUGGUGAGCAGCAGUUUCAGCAAAAGUACAUCACUGAAGACACUGGAAGAGUUUCAUUUAGCCUAAACACAACUACUUGGAACAGCACCCCAGCCUCCCUGGAGGCGAGUGUCCUGCAUCAGGAUUUGGGUGGGGAGCCUGGGACAGUUGAUUUGAAUUACCAGAGAGCCUCUCAUUUCAUACAUCCAUUCUACAGCACCAGCAGGAGUUUUCUCAGUAUUGUCCGUGUGCCAGAAAUGAUGCCUUGUGGUAAAAAGCAGGCUAUCCAGGUGGACUUCAGAAUUUACAAGGAAGACCUGGAACAUGGGCCCAAGCGUGUAAUUUUCUCCUACCUUGUCACGGGGAAAAGUGGAAUAGUUCAGGCAGGUCAGAAGACUGUUUGGGUUGGGCUGCCAAGAAUGCUGAAAGGCUUCUUCUCCAUCCCUGUUACCUUCAGCUCAGUCUAUGCUCCAGCUCCAACACUUAUUGUUUAUGUUAUCUUCCCUAAUGGAAAAAUCAUUGCUGAUUCUGCCAUCUUCAGUGUCUCCUUGUGUUUCAGAAAUAAGGCAGAGCUGAGCUUCUCAGUACCCAAGACUCUUCCUGGUUCAGAGGUUGAUCUCCGCCUGCAGGCACCACCUGGAUCUACAUGUGCUGUCUGGGCUGUGGAUCAGACUGCCUUUUUGCUGAAGCUAGAAAAAGAACUCAGCCACUCCAUGAUUUAUGGGCUCUUUCCAUCUAUUUAUAACUCCGGAUAUCCUCAUCAAGUGUCUGAAGAUGACAAUUCAUGCAAGUUCCAAAAUUCUGAUCAGCCUGAUGUGUUUACAGCAUUUAGGGAAAUGGGAUUGAAAAUUAUGUCCAACAUCAAUAUCAGGAAACCAAGACUGUGUCUAACUAAUCAGUCAACAACUACGAUGAAGAAAAGAGGGAUGUUCACUUCCAGUCCCAUGUUGAUGUUUGCUCAGCCCCAUAAGGAAUCUAACACAGGACAUCUGAUGACAUCUACCUAUCAGCCCACUGUGUUUUCACCUGUUUCUUCAGCUGAAGAGAAAGUGCACAAGUAUUUCACAAAAACCUGGCUAUGGGAUUUGUAUUCUGUUGGUCCUAGUGGAAACCAAGCUGUCACUGUCACUGUGCCUAAUACCAUCACAAGAUGGGAAGCUGGGAUGUUCUGCACAGGACGUAAUGGCUUCGGACUAGCUUCUGCCUCCAGUCUGCUUGUUUUCAAGCCCUUUUUCGUGGAGCUCACACUUCCAUCUUCUGUGAUCCAGGGUGAAACCUUCAUCUUGAAGGCCACAGUCUUCAACUACCUACAGCAAUGUAUGAAGAUCCAAAUGACUAUGGAGGAGUUCCCACAUUUCCAGCUGAAGUCAUGUGAGGGUUGUGUCUACAGCAGCUGCUUAUGUGCUGGAGAAGUAAAGACGUUUCUUUGGAGUGUCACAGCUGAGCGACUGGGGCUCAUGAACAUCACUCUCAGCACAGAGGCCAUUGCCACCAAAGAGCUCUGUGGCAAAGAGAUACCGUUUGUCCCAAACCAAGGACAGAAAGAUACAAUCACCAAACUCCUUUUAGUCCGGCCAGAAGGAGUGCUAGUAGAAAAGGCUCACAGCUCCAUCCUGUGUCCCAAAAAAGGGAGUCCAGCAGAGGAGUCUGUGUCCUUAAUGUUGCCUCUAAAUGUGGUUGAAGGUUCAGUGAGAGCUACUGUCUCGAUCACUGGUGACCUCAUGGGGACAGCACUGCAAAACUUGGACCACCUGGUGCAGAUGCCCCAUGGCUGUGGAGAGCAGAACAUGGUACUGUUUGCCCCUAUUGUCUAUGUGCUGCAGUACCUGGAGAAGACAAGGCAGCUGACUCCUGAGAUUAAGGAGAGGGCAACAGGAUUCUUGCGCAAUGGGUACCAGAUACAGCUGCAGUAUCAACAUCCUGAUGGUUCUUUCAGUGAAUUUGGUACCAGGGAUGAGUACGGUAAUACUUGGCUGACUGCGUUUGUGGUCAAAUGCUUUUCCCAAGCCAAGCCAUACAUUUUCCUGGACAACAGGAGCAUCCAAGCUGCUUUCAAAUGGCUGGAGUUCCACCAGCUUCCGAAUGGCUGCUUCAGAGAUGUGGGCCAACUUUUCCACAGAGCCAUGAAGGGAGGUAUGGAUGGGGAAGUUCUCUUGACUGCCUACAUCUCUGCUGCAUACAUGGAGAGAGGAGAUACACCAGAGAGUACAGUGGUACGCAAGGCUCUGGGAUGUAUCAUUCCUUCCCUUCCCAAAGCUGCCAGCACUUACACACAGGCCCUGCUGGCCUACACCUUCGCCCUGGCUAAGGACUCUCAACGCACACAAGAGCUUCUUGACAUACUUGAUCAAAGCGCAAUCAGAGAAGGUGGGCAGAUCCAUUGGAGUCAGACUCCAUCCAAGACACACAGCACUAGCCUUUGGUCACAGCCACUAUCUGUGGAUGUGGAGUUAACAGCUUAUGUCCUUCUGGCCCUGCUCUCCAAGCCAAAUGUCACAGAGGCUGACUUCACCACAGCCUCUGCCAUUGUGGUCUGGCUCACUAGACAACAAAAUGCCUAUGGAGGAUUUGCCUCAACACAGGAUACAGUAGUUGCCCUGCAGGCCUUGGCUAAGUAUGCAGCACUGACACACAACACAAAAGGAGUUGCAGAAGUGAGGGUGAGGUCCCAGAGAGGCUCUGGGAGGAAGUUCCAAGUUUCCUAUCAGAAUCGGCUUUUGGUGCAGGAGAUGGCACUGACAGAAGUCCCGGGAAAGUUCUCAGUGCAAGCCCAUGGCAGCUGUUGCGUCUUUACCCGGACGGUGCUGAGAUACAACAUUCCCUCCCCGCAGGUUUCCAAAUCCUUUGCCUUACAAGUGAAAACCAAGCCAGACAAUUGCACCGAGAAUGAUGCAUACUCUGUUACUCUCUAUGUCAAUGUCAGGUACACUGGAAAGAGAGCCAUUUCCAAUAUGGUGAUUGUGGAAGUGUCCCUACUCUCUGGAUUUGUCCUCGCAGCAAGAUCUGGGAUAUCUCCACAUCAUUGGUAUCCUGUGAGAAGAACAGAGAAAACCCAAGCAGGUGUUGCCAUCUACUUGGACAAGCUGAGCCAUAUGUCUGAGACAUAUGUUCUGCAUCUGGAAAGGGAAAUUGGAGUGACCAACCUGAAGCCAGGACAUGUCAGGGUCUAUGACUACUACCAUCCAGAGGAGCAGGCCCUUACUGAUUAUAAUGUUUUCUGCAUCUGAGCCCACAGGAGUUCUACUAGUGGGACAUGCCCUAGGAUGGAAAUUACAGUUACUGGUAUGCUGGGGCCGGUGUCACCUGGAAAGUCACAUCUCAGUGGACUUUGAUACUGGUGCUGAGGAUGAUCUCAAAUUGGAUUUCAGGAUGAAACCCAGCCCAUGCCAUGCUGCUCAUCUUGACAGCCAUUUUUGGGGGUGUUUUUUUGGGUGUCUGAUUAAUUCUGAUUGCUUUAA